UAUCUCCUUGGAGGCAAGGAGAGAAUUACUAUUUCCGAUGUAUAGGAGGACAUUGUAUGGUUGUACGUAUUUAUGACGUCGAUCAUUAGUCCAUAUGGCUUAACAGGCGAUGUGAAGUCCCAUUGAUUGGUUCUAUAAAAGACCCAAUUAAAGCCUCCAUCCAAUCAGAACCUGUAACGGCCUAUCUGUGGUGCAUAUGAGGCCUCAUUAGCGGAUCAAGAUUGACAGGUCCGUCCUGUAGCUUGUACUAGUAUACCGGAAAGUGGGCGAAAGAAAGAAACGCUCACAGAAAUCUUGGCUCUUUUAUUGAGUGUCUCCUGCGACAGCGACAGGUAGCAACGAAACUCCUGUGAUCACAGUUUGAUCAAGCAGGCCUGUACAUACCUUAGACUUUAGGUCCUCCUGUACCUACAUUGGGCAGCAAGAUUCCAUCUAGGCCUGUUUGCCACACUUCAUUCUAUAGAAUUUUUGCUAUGGAAAUGUUCAAUUUUCUUACCGGACACUCCGCCACCAUGAAUGCCUCCUCAGCGGCGAAUUGGAGCUUCCCUAACGGCACGUAUGGCCUCCUGACACCGCAGCCGGUCCCGAACGCCAUCACAGCAAUCGUUGCCCCCACCGUGUACGGCCUCGUCACGGCGUUAGGCCUGGUGGGGAACCUGUUGGUGAUCUACACGCUGUUGGUACACACGAAGACAAAGGACGCUACGAGUUACUACAUUCUGAACUUGUCACUAGCCGACACCCUUUUCAUGCUCGGUGUCCCCUUCAUCUCCGCAUCCUCAGCCAUGGAGAGAUGGGUGUUCGGGAGAGCCAUGUGUAAGAUUGUCUUAUCUAUGGACGCUAUGAACCUGUUCAACAGCGUCUUCAACGUGGCCGUGUUGAGCGUGGACCGCUACCUGGCCAUCGUCCGUGCCACCAGCCACCCCGAUCUCCGCCGGCCGAAAGUGGCGAUCGCCGUCAGCCUUUCAGUGUGGGCGGCGGCCUUCCUGCUGUCCAUCCCCGUCAUGGUGGUGAGCGACGCCAUGGAGAUGUGGAACGCGGACUACAUGUGCAUGCUGGACUGGCCCGCCGAAAACUCCCUGAUCUGGUACAAAGCUUUCAUUUCUUACAUGUUCAUCGUGGGCUUCGUCAUUCCACUGGUAGUGAUCAGCGUGUCCUACCUACGAGUCGUGCGCCAUCUCAAACAAAACGAGUCCACGCACACUGAAGUGGCCAGGGUCGCCUCCAGGACGCGGACAAAAGUGACGCACACAGUCCUCGCUAUGAUCGUGACCUUCGUGAUCUGCUGGCUGCCGUUCCACCUGUGUCAGCUCGUGAACUUGAUCGCAGACCUGCAGCCGACGUCGGGCGUUGCGUUCGCUUUUCACGUCGCCAUGGUCAUGUCAUACGCCAACAGUUGCGCCAACCCCAUCCUCUACGUCUUCACGAGUCAGAAGUUUCGGGAGAGCCUGCGGUCCGCGCUGGGGAUGAAGCGGAACAAGUCCUGGACCACCACCGAUCAUCCCAGUUACUACCUCCACGAGAUUAAGAGAGAUGCGGCUGUCGCUCGUAGGCGGCGGCGGGAAGAGAACGAAUUCUUCGAGGAAGAAAACAAUGAGGUAAACGUGAGAACACUUCCACAUUCGGCUUCUCCUCAAGAUAUUGUCAUGUAUGAAACAUCAGUUUAGAGCACUGAUAAAGAAAUGGGAUGAUUAGGAUGAAUGAAGAAUUAACUUCUGGUAAAAGAAAUGGGUUAAAAUGUGUAACCAUCAUCUUUGAAGUUAGCGUAUAUUUCCAAAAUAAUUAUUUUCAUGAUUAAAAAAUAAGAUACCAAUCCUCCAAAUUCGGCUCCCAAAGAAGUUUUCAUGUAUGAAACAUCAGUUUAGAGCACUGAUAAAGAAAUGAGAUAAUUAAGACGGUUAGACCUAAGAUGAUCCAACUGUCUAUUGAUCUUCUGCAUGAAACCUCAGUCUUCUAAACAGUCCCUUAAUUAAGUUAGAGAAUUGGUUCAUCAUGUCGAGUGUUGUAUUGAAAAUCUAUUUUGUCAGGGCCAGGUAAAGGAUAGGUUCAGCCAGUUUCGAUUUAAUUAACGUGUAGGCGUAGCCUCCAUAGCAGGCUAUCUAGGGCCUUUUUUGACUGCCGGCAGUCAGAAAAGGCCAGCAAUCAGCGACCCCGUACAAAAAGAAAUGGCCAGCAAAAGUGUAUUAUGAGCCAAAAACGGCCCUAGAGAGCCUGCUAUAGAGGCUACGCCUACACGUUAAUUAAAGUAGUUAGGCGUUUGUUUUUUUUUUGUAAUUGAAGAUCGAUUUAUAUUGUAUGGUCCUCUUCUGUACUAUGUAUCUGUAUCUUUUUCUGUAUAGCUGGUAUAACCGCCCUUCGGUGUAACACACCAGCUUCUGUAUCUGUAUUUGUACAGCCGGUAUGCCCGUCCUUCGGAGUAACAAAAAGCUUCUGUUCUAUAAAGUCGGUUGUUUAAAGCUAUCGAAAACUUCUGUUAGAUCAUUAAAUGAAAUUUGUGAGUAAUAAUUCCAUUGAGUGAUGAUUUUGUGCCAAAGUGUGACAUGGAUGAUGUAACAUUGGUA